AUGGCUUGGAUUGGAUAUCUUACGACGUUUUUUAGUAUUUUUAGUUUUAUUUCAUCGGGAACGGAGCAAAAAGGACGAUGCACGUGUAGUGCGUUUCGAUGUCAGACAGAUCGUGUGAUUUCCGGAAGCUGUCAUUCUGCGGCACUUCCGGGUGGCUGGGGAGUAAGAUGUUGCAAACCGUACUGUUUGUGCAAAGGUUCUUGCCAAGCAGAUGAAAGUGAUGAAGGACGGUAUGGUACAGCACUGCCAGCCGAGAGAGACGCGACGACGCAAAAUGUUUGGAAUCUUGCUAACAGAGGAAGCAGAGGCGUUUUAGACAGUUGCCCUGCUAACCAAUCAUUUUGUUGUCCCAAUUGUAGAUGUCAGAAAGGUGUUUGUGACGUGAAAGAAAUCAGUACACGCGUAAAAAGCUGCGGAACAAACCAUAAAUUAUGUUGCCAGCCCCAAGCUUCGUUGUACCGGCCCUGGCCAGGGUGCAAAGACAGCGAGCUGCCGUUGACACGCAGCGGCAACGACCAUACAUGCGGGCUUUGCCAGUGUAAGAAGUACUGUGAAAUGCAGGAAGUUCAUCUUAGACGCAACACGUGUGGAAAAGACAGAAAUCUAUGUUGUAAGUUGUGUACAUGUAAGUCGUCUUGUUUAGAAAGCGAGAUAAAUAUAGGCCGAGGACACUGUGGGUAUCGACUGCAGCUGUGUUGUCGGGCAUGUAUCUGCAAGACACCUUGUAAUGCGCCGGAAGAACUGAUAGGACCGGAGGGGUGUUUUUAUGGUGAAACAGUAUGCUGUAAGACUUAGCUGUCGUUAGUGUAUGUGGUGACAAUGUCGUUUGUGCAUUUUGUGUAAGCAUGUCGUUAGUGCAGAAUAGUCGAUGAAUGUUAUCUGAAUUUAAAGAUUAAUGAAAUAAUAAAAAAACGUUGUUUUGGCGGCAUAUACAAUUCAGUGGAUAUAUAACUGAGAAAUUACCUUCUGUGUAAAAUAUUAAAAUUACGUUUCACAUGUAGUCAAAAUCGACCAAACCUCAAAAAUGAUGGAAAAUUAUGUAAAUCAAGCAAAUACAUGUAUGUUGAAAUCAUCAGAAAUCAGCUUUUCACGUUUUGUCUCAUUUCUGAGUGUCUAAACCAAUAAACAUUCUU